CCACUCCAGCCUAUCAGCGCUGCCGGCGGGAAGGUGGGCCUGGCAGAUAACAGCGUGCAGGCUGGGGCUGGAGGCUCACACUCCACCGGCCCAGCUGCUCCUCUCGCCCUGACCUCUGUGAGCCAGCUCAUGGUCUCAGGAUGUACGGAAAAAUACUAAUUGCAUUACUAUUGUCAGGUUAUAUUUUUACAUCAACUGCCGACCCCGCAACUUCUACAGAGAAGGCUGUUGAAGAUCCAACAGGUGAGUAUCCCUUAGUGUCCUAUUCAGCAAAUGACCCUACUCCUGCUAAUGCAAGAACAGUGAAAAUCCCUAGAGAUGAACCCGGCAUAACAGGUUUGUCCAUAUUUUUAAAUAGUUGCCCUGGAGUCAUUGUUAUGACACAACAGUAUUUCAUGGGACCUGUCAGUGCAAGGAAACUGUGACAAAGUCUAAGAAAC